UUACCAUUCCACAUACAUUUAUCAUCCCGUGCCUGUUUUAUUAUUAUUAUUAUUAUUAUUAUUAUUAUUAUUAUUAUAUGGACAAAUCCAAGUUUGAUUUUUCUGGCUCAGUCCUCAUCGACCCCCAUGUUUUUUUUUAAUGUUAGUUCCGUGGCCACAGGGUUGUGAAUUCUGAUCAGUGAUCAAGUACAUUUUUAACUCAAAUCAAAUGGGGCAUCAUAAUACGAAAACACAUUAAUAUUCUUCACAAUAGUUACUAUGCAUUUUUAGCCCUUAAAUUAAAAGGCUCUGUCUUUAUCUGAUGGCCACAUAUCUCUCUUCUUUUUCUAGACUCUUAAAUUGGGAAUCUUCACUCAGCUUUGUGAUCAAUUAAUCCUAGCCUACUCCUUCACGCUAACGCCUUUUUAAUUUAAUUGAAUUUAAAUUGUGAUUCUUAUCUUAAUAUUGCAGAGUUUUGUGUCAUCAUCACUUAGCAUAUUGCAGUGAGGUAUUUGAUCUGAAAAUUCUGUACCAAUUUCAUGGCGGAACUGAUAGGGCCUCGCUUGUACAGUUGCUGUAAUUGUAGAAACCAUGUGUCACUCCAUGAUGAUAUCAUUUCUAAGGCUUUUCAGGGAAGAAACGGCCGAGCUUUUCUUUUUUCCCAUGCCAUGAAUGUUGUCACAGGACCAAAAGAAGACAGGCAUCUCAUGACUGGCCUUCACACCGUUGCUGAUGUUUAUUGUGGUGAUUGCCGUGAGGUCUUGGGUUGGAAGUAUGAAAAAGCUUACGAAGCAUCCCAGAAGUACAAGGAAGGAAAAUUCAUACUCGAGAAAUCAAAAAUAGUUAGGGAGAACUGGUAGCACUCCCUUAUGAAUUACAAUGCUGCUUGAUCGUCUUUUAUGUCUACGUUCGUUCAUGGUUUGUGCUGGUCGUCUUGUACAGGAAGUUCUUGCCUUACCCAAUUUGAAAUUUCUUAUUGUUUUCUCCAACUUGCAUUAUUCCCUUGUGCUAUAUGACUACAAUUGAACUUGUAAGAUUCAUCUUCUGGUCUGUGGAUAUCAACUUGAGAAAUCUUUUGAGAACAGUAUUGCUGCAAACUAUGCCAUUUUACAUAUAUCUGUAUAAUAUAUUUUAUUUAGCUUAAUCCAAUCAUGCAUUUAGUUU